UGCCUGUCCACGUACUCCCUCUAUGUUUCCACGCGAUUAAGGCGUCCUCACAGAUUAACGGAGUCUCUGGUCAAAUAUUUCGGAUCGUCCGUCUCGGUCAUCUUUGCGCGAGCAUGGCUCUGAUCACCAGGAACACCGCCUCACGCCUCCCUCUCCUCCUCUCCGCAAACCGCUCUCUUUCUCUGCACACCACAACACCUUCUCUCUCCCCCACCUCCUCCUCAUCUGCGCCAACCACAUAUGCUCGCCCGCUGCCUCCGUCCGCCUCUGGCCCCGUUGGAGGGCUUUCAAAGACAGCCGAGUACGUGAUCUCGAAGGUGGACGAUCUCAUGAACUGGGCUCGGCGCGGUUCAAUCUGGCCUAUGACCUUUGGUCUCGCCUGCUGCGCUGUCGAGAUGAUGCACACUGGCGCCGCGCGCUACGAUUUUGACCGUUUCGGUGUCAUUUUCAGGCCUAGUCCUCGCCAAUCCGACUGUAUGAUUGUCGCCGGAACCCUCACCAAUAAGAUGGCUCCUGCUCUUCGCAAGGUUUAUGACCAAAUGCCUGAGCCUAGGUGGGUCAUCUCUAUGGGAAGCUGUGCAAACGGUGGUGGAUACUACCACUAUUCUUACUCUGUCGUCCGGGGUUGCGAUAGGAUUGUCCCUGUGGACAUCUAUGUUCCCGGUUGCCCGCCAACUGCCGAGGCCUUGCUCUAUGGAGUUCUCCAGCUGCAGAAGAAGAUCAACAGGCGCAAAGAUUUCCUCCAUUGGUGGACCAAAUGAACAUGUUACUUGUGGGCAUUUUUGGCAGCACAAACGUGAGAAACUGAAAAUAAUAAAACCAGCAUACUAUAUUUUGCAUUGUAAAAUGCUGUGUGAAACGAGAAGACUGUUUAUUGUUAAAGUUUGUUCCCUAUAAUUAUGCUGCUUUCAUAAGUUAGUCCUUUUGUGACCAGAAGUUCUUGUAAUCGCUGCAAAUUGUGUUCAACUUUCGUUAUAGUUUAAAGUUUGAUUCCCAUGAAGUAUCAUCAAUUAUUAUUACUAA